AUGUUGUUUACAGUAGGAGUUAUGCUGAUGUUCAGCUUAUCAACAAUUAACUUAGCCAAUGCCCAGGGAUGUCCGAACAUGUGUGAUUGUAGUGGCACCAACAUUGAUUGCGAAUUCAAAGGUUUAACGCAAAUACCAGAUAUGAUUCCUUCUGACACAACGAGAUUGGAUUUAGCUCGCAAUAGCAUUAUAUCAAUAGAACAAAAUGCAUUUGUAGGAUUAUCAUCGCUACAGAUUCUAUAUCUAGCUGGCAAUAGCAUUACCUCAAUAGACGAUAAUGCAUUUAAAGGAUUAUCAUCGCUUCAAAUUCUAGAUCUGUCCCGCAAUAGCAUUACCUCAAUAGAAGGAAUUGCAAUUGAAGGAUUAGCAUCGCUAGAGGAGUUGGAUCUGUCCCACAAUAGCAUUACCUCAAUAGCAGAAAAUGCAUUUGAAGGAUUAACAUCGCUACAGCAGUUAUAUCUUAAUGACAAAAGCAUUACCUCAAUAGACACAAAUGUGUUUGCAGGAAUAACAUCGUUACAAAAUCUAAAUGUCAAUAGCAUCACCUCAAUAGGAUCAAAUUCGUUUUUUGGAUUAACAUCGCUACAGAGAUUAGUUCUAUUUGACAAUAUCAUUACUUCAAUAGAAGACAAUGCAUUUGAAGGAUUAUCAUCGCUACAUAGUUUAUUAAUUAACACCAAUCCUCUUGAUUGUUGUUCAGUGAUUGGAUUUGUAAAUUGGGUCAAUGGGAGAUCGUGGGGAUUCUUUCAGGGGACUUGUACUGCUCCUAACGAGACUACUGCAAUACUAAAUUUUGAUACAUCAGACUGUAUUGUGCCAGUUGAUGGUGGAUGGAGUGACUGGGAAAACUCGACUUGUUCUGUAACCUGUGGAGACGGCACAGUCACAAUGACCAGAGAAUGUAAUAACCCCGUCCCUUCUGGUGGUGGGAAUAACUGUUUUGGUAAAUCUAUUAACACGGACAGUUGUAAUCUAGGAGGAUGCCCAGGUAUGUACAGUGUAAACCCUAUACAGAACUCAUUUAUCAAAAAAUCAACUUAA